CGCACCGCUGUCGCGUCUUGAUGACGUCGCGGGACUUUCCUCUAGCUCCGCGGUUGUCACGGAUGUGGAUGUUGUCGCGAAACAGGCUUACUGCAAUAAAACAAGCGCAGACGGGGGAAGAAAGCGGCGCGUUAAUCAUGAAGGGGGUAAACGAUUCGUAUGUCACUGCGUAUUUUAAAAGAUAAACGGCCAGCUUUCCGGUAACUGACAGACCGAGAGAGCCCGAGCAGAAUGUCAACAACACGGCCCCUUCUUGGUAUGAUUACCGAAGUAACCUGCUCCGAAUCUCCCGGAGGCAGGCUGUCCUCCGCCGGCCACCAACCGCGGGACCCACUGACGGAGGACGAGUUUGCGGUUCCCGAAGACAAGCAGGAAGAGUUGAAAUGUGUCAGGUCUAGGGUGGAGCAGGUUUUUAGGGUGACUUUUACCAUCAUCGGCCUCUUGGACCCCACUUUAGCCCACGGGAGCAAAGCAUCCCGGCAGAUAUGGCUGCAGCUCAAAGGAAAGCAGGAUGACGUCUCCCGGGCCAAGGAAUACGUGAAGGGACUGUGUGACCCCGAGCUGCAGCAGGUGGAGCAGUACCCGCCCGACAUGCACUGCAUCUUCGUGGGGGCCCAGGGGCUCUUCCUGGACCGGCUGCUGCGCGACACCAGCGCCGAGGUGGCAGUGCUGGAGCUGGGCCGGCUGCGGCUGCUGGGCCGCCAGGAGGCCGUCGUCAUGGCGCAGAGCCGCGUGCAGCAGUUCGUGUGCCUGUUCCGAGAGAAGCGCGGCGUGCCCGGCGACCGGGAGCCCGCCGUCAAGCGCGCAUUCAGGGCCUUCGUGGAGGAGCGGGCAGACAAGUACACCAUGGAGCUGUUGCUGCUCCCCAGUGCCCUGAAGGAGGAGCUGCUGGGUCUGGCUCAAAGCCCCACGCCCACGGCACGCACCCCAGCUCCUGGCGUGGAAGCUCGGCAACCCCUCCCCAUUCUGCCGGAGCAAGACCGCUCCCAGACCAGCACGCCCGUCACCGACCUCUCGCACCGCAUCCUGGACGCAACGUUUGAGGACAAGGCGGUGGGACUGACCUCGGAGGCCGUGCUAAACCCGCGCACCUCGCACAAGAGGCGCUCCUCGGAGAGUGAGUCCCGGGACUCCAAGAGGCAAUACUCACUAGAGAGGAAAGACGAGGAGCUGGAGACGGACUGGUGCUGCAUAAUUGGUGACAGCCGCAGCAGGACUCCUGCCCCCGUGGCCAGCCCCGCGGCCGAUAAGGACGUGGUGGUCCUGGACCCCAGCGAACCAUCGGACGACGUGGACGGUGUGAGCCCAGAGACUAACUUCAAGUGCCUGGUGAACUUCUUCAAAACCAUGGGGUACCCGCAGGAAGUGGUGGAGCGGGUGGUCCGGGAGACAGACCAAAGAGAGGACACAUUCCUGCUGUUGGAGCGAAUCGUAGAAGAGAGCCAUCGGUCCCAAUCAGGGGACCCACGUGCCAGCGGCCACCACUCCUCGUCUGCUUCCUCCUCCUCCUUCUGCAGGAGCAGGGAUAAAGAGAGGUCACAGAGUAGACCUUUCUAUGAAUUGAAAUCUAAAGAAAAUAUCCAACCUGCCAAUAACUGCGUGGGUCUGAGGGCUCCGUUCACUGGCAGCAGUGUCCAGCAGAGGGCAACAUUGAGGAGGAGCAGCAGCGCUCAGGGGGAGAUCAUCAUCAUUGACAGCGAGGGCGAUGACAAGCCAAAGCCUGUUGGGCAGCAGGUCGUGGCUAAGGGUGACUAUCUGUCUCGGGGCAACGGCCAUCCGAUGGGGACUGUGCGGGUGGAGACCCUGACCCCACUGCAGAGCGCCUCAGAGCGCCCCAGCUGCUCCUACCAACCCCCCUGCAGGGUGCUGCCCUCGCCCACGACCCGCACGGAGCUGCCCCCGAAAGCUGUGCCCCUCACCGGCGUAUCCCGCUUCCAGCAGUCACUGCGCACGCCGUACAGGCUGACGCUGCAGAACGAGUCGGGUCGCCAGGGCCUGCGGCACGUGGUCAUCGACGGGAGCAACGUGGCCAUGGCGCACGGGCUGCAUCGGUUCUUCUCCUGUCGUGGCAUUGCCCUCGCAGUGGAGACCUUCUGGAAGAUGGGGCACAGAGAGAUCACCGUCUUCGUCCCACAGUGGAGGCAGAAGAAAGACCCCAACAUCACAGAGCAGCACUUUCUCAGUCAGCUGGAGGAUCUGAGGCUGCUGUCCUUCACACCCUCCAGGGAGGUUGGCGGACAGAGGAUCUCCUCCCAUGAUGACCGGUUCCUGCUCCACCUUGCUGAGAAGACGGGAGGAGUCAUCGUCACCAAUGACAACAUGCGGGACUUCGUGGACACGUCGGAAGCGUGGAGAAAAAUAGUUCAGGAGAGGCUGCUGCAGUUCACCUUUGUAGAAGAUCACUUCAUGCUCCCAGACGACCCGCUGGGAAAACACGGCCCGCGGCUCGAGGACUUCCUGCGCAAGGAUUUCAGUUAUACCCCAGUCACGGUUUCAGCAUGGCCAGACCUGCGGGCAACCCCCCCAGUGUAUACAAAGUGCAGCUCUCGUCCCUCCUUCAGCGCCCAGAUGAGACCGGCAUCCCAGUGGCCUCACACCGGCCCCCCCGGGUGGUGCCCGCCGCGGCCCUCGCCCUCGCCCCCGCCCCCACGCUCACCCGCCGAGACCACGGAGCUGAAGAGGAAGCUCUACGACAUCUUCCCAGAUCAGAAGCAGCGUAUCGACCGCAUCCUGGUCGACAAUCCCUACAUGCGGGACCUGAAUGCGCUGUCAGGCCUUCUGCUGGGCUGACUGCACCCAGUCAGCUGGCAGGGAAUUGUGGGAAAUGGCCUCACCUAAUAAAGACCGCAUGCGGCCCAUCCCAUCCCAUCCCAUCCCAUCCCAUCCCAUCCCAAUCCCAUCCCAAUCCCAAUCCCAUCCCAAUCCCAUCCCAUCCCAUCCCAUCCCAUCCCAUCCCAUCCCAAUCCCAUCCCAUCCCAUCCUCCUGCGGGACACUUCUCAGUCUGCCCCCACCAUCGCCAGCUUUCCCGGGACUGCACCCUCCUUCGCGUUCGUCUCCCCCAGGACCGGCUUUGGUGGCCGUUCAUCUUCCAUGCAGGCUGCCUCGCGGCCAGGUUGCAGAGGAGUUCUCCGUAUGUUGUGUCCAUGUUCUGAGCUGAGUUGGUAGUCAGGAUCUGAUCAUUGAAACGUUUCAAUUGCUAAGUAUUAAGGAUGGAAAAAAAGUUUCCUUGACCACUGUCGCAUUUAUUUUUAAACUCUCCAUUCUAAAUUAGGAAAAGAUACUGUACCAAAUUUGAAGUGAUUCUUACCUGUGUUUUCAACAGGAGUGGAGUUAUUUCAUUUCUUAAUGUAUUUGAAAUAAUUGUUAUGAAAUCACUACAGUCAGGUUAACAUUUGUACAUAGAAUGCAUUUUCCAUCUUUGUGGAGAUAUAUAUAAAAAAUGUAGUGUUGUGAAAAAUCGACAUUGCGUUUAAGAGCACGUGUGGAGCGAGAUGGAGGCUGCCCCCUGGAAGGUUUGAGCCCCCCCCCCCCCUUUUCUGUCUGACUGAUGAACCUUCCCCUGGAAGUGGGCCGGGCCAGUGACACCAGGGAAUGCCAGACUCCAAUCCCGGUUUGGCUCAGUGCUCCCAGGAACGCCCACAAUGAAAGGCUCUGCCAGGAUUCUGAUGCCAGGACGUUACGCUGCGAUGUCGCUCUUCCCAUUUAGAAGUUGUUUACCACUGAGCGGCUUUGCAGCCUGAGACAGCUGUUCACCCCUCAUGUGAGAAACUUCAGUACAUAAUUAUCUAAAAAGAGUGACAAUUUGCCAGUGAAACAGAUAAAAAGGGGAUGUAUUUAAUGCCUUUAAAACUUUUUCUCCAGUUAGCAUAAUGCUCAGCGGCCACAAGCACUGUUCUGUUGAGUCCCCACCCUAUUUUGUUACCAGCACAACAACUAUCAAGUCAGUAGGCCCAGGGUUUAGCCUCUGAACCAUUCUUCUUCUACAGUUCUACAGUUCCAUUAAGUUACCACCAGAGGGAGAUGUGCACCACAAAGUGAGCCUUACAGUCCUGUUGAUAUUGCUGUUCUGAGAUUUGACUUGCCUGAUGAGACAAACACAGAAAUCGUCGUCGUAUUGCUGUGACUGAUUACUUUGGGACAAGGGUUACGCCUGUGUUUAGCUGUAACAUACUGCUGUUUCUGAACAUUAAUGGAAGUUUAUUUUGUUUUUUAAAGAUGCGGGUAGAAAGAUGACGAAAGUAAAAUUACACUCUCUGUUAUUCUAUUCUGUUUAUCUGUAUUUAAAGACAUCAAGACUAGUUUCUUGGCUAGUGUUCUGUUUAAUUUUAUAACAAUGGAAGGAUUUACGUUGUCAACAGUGCAAAUAAGACGAGGUUGAAUAUACCAUAGCGAUUUGGCAAGAUGAAGUCAAAGUGGUUUUGUAUGGAGUUAUUAAAAGAUAUGUUUUUAAAUCUUGAAA